AUGCCUGCCAGCGAUGCCAGAAAGCCAAGGUUCGUUGUGAUGGACGUCUCCCCUGCGCCUACUGCGCGGCUCGCGCAGGAGAGUGUCAUUACAGUGUGCAGGCGCCACCCAACUUCCAGGCCCACGUCUCACAAUCACAGUAGGAUCACGUCUAACACUAGGAGAGCAACCACUGAGGUUGAUAGGGACGAGCAGAACGGCUUCCAGGCAGAAAUCAAGACCCUGCUACGAGAACAGAACGAAAAGCUGGAUCUCCUGAUCAAGAAGACGGCAACCAUUGAGGCAGCGUACGAAGUCGCCGGGAAGAGCGAUGCAAGCACGGCUAUCGCUGUUCUGCCGCCUCGGAAGCAGCCUUUGCCACUCUUUCAAACCUCGACCAGCGCCUUCUAUUGCAUCAACGUAGUGAAGGUCGGUAUUCAAAGGCUCGGUCCCGAUGUCUCACAGGAGCAGACGCUUCCCAUUGCCGAUGCCUCGGCGAAGACGCGAACUGCAAUAUCCGUCAUCCACGGCGAGGUGGUCAAUGGCGAGUCGAAUGACAUAAGUCCGAGUGAGCUCGAUGAAUCUGGAGACGCAGCAUUAGACAGCAGCACGGAUGGGCGAUAUGCGCAUCCUCAUGCGAAAGUCGUCGGUUCCCUCAACGAGCUCGAGCAUGAGCUCCUUCUACAAGCAGUCCAAGCUUUUGCUGAUUUGGAGUUUCCAAUGUACCCUGUCUUGGACAUGGCAGAUAUCGUACAGAAGGCGACGAAUUUCGCCGGCGCAGGUCCAGUCUCUGGCGAGCGUUCUGCCCGAGGAAUGCCCAUGUCUGACGUGCGGGAUAUCGGCAAGGAUGAUCUGGCCAUACUCAAGAUGGUGGUGGCCCUGGGUCUUCUUGCAGAAGGAGAAACCCACCAAAAGCUCGCUGCGACGCUGUUCGAUUCUCUGCGUCCACAAGUGGAGGCGAUGGUCUGGACUUCCGCCGUUGACUUGAAGGAUCUAAUUUUGAUGACACUCGUGAUUUUGUUCCACUUUCACUGCGGGAGAUGGCGGUUGGCUUGGAGGUUCCAGGGCAAUGUAAGCCGAAUCAUCCUGGAACUGGGCUUGAACAGGAAAGCCGUGCUUGACCGUUCGUUCCCCGAUGUCAAGACCCGAGUGCAUGCAAUCAACACAAUUUGGACGGUUUUUGUCCUUGAACAGCAUCUCAGUUAUGCUCUGGGCUUUUCCGACGCCAUGCCCAAUCUGCGUCUGGAGGCGAAUUUCCCUCAGCCUGUGGAUGCUCUAUUUUUGACACUAAUGAUCGACUACGCGAGCAUUGGGCGACAGUCAUGCGACGCAUUGCUGAGCGACAAGGUCCUCAGCCCCGAACAUUCGGCCACGUGGCAGGACGACUACGACUACUUUCGGUAUCGAGUAUCGCUUUGGGCCAUGCGUGCUUCUGAAACUUUUACAGACAACACGAGCCCGGGGAUCGAGAUGGUGCGCACAAUCCUUCACUUGCGGGCAAAUCACCUAAGGAUACUGGUCGCUCGGGCUUUCUUGUGCUCGGGUCUCAGACAAGCCGCCCCGUUGGAUAUCUGGACAAUAGUGGACAUCACAGCCGAUACGAUCCAAGUCCUGACGCGUUUGGACCCUGCCAAAAAGGAGUAUCGAUUCCACGAAGCACAGUUGAACCAUUUCUUGGUCUCGGCCCUGGACAUUCUGCUCUUCGCAACCACACACAAAAUGUCAGGCGUGGAAUCACCGUCUGCCAACGGAGAGGCGCUCUCAAUCCCACCCGAGACAGCUCAAAAGGCUUUAAAAGGCUCCACACUUGCCUUAAACCACCUCCGUGGCCUGGCUGGGUACUCGACACAAACGAAGUACCUAUGGGAUCGCGUGCGGGUGAUGGCUUCGCGUCUCAAUCUCUCUGAGUACCUCUUCCCAGGGUCAUCGAAGGAACAGAUGGCAAUCUCUGCACAGACUCCAACCGUGCCGCCUGCAUUUGCUGACGCAUCCGUCGCUCAUCUGAAUGAUUUUGACAGUGACUUCUUCGCGUUUCCGUCCGGAGAGACGACACCUUGGGGCUUUCAAAUGCCAUCCUCUUCAGGUCUUGACUUCGAUUUGACCCAAGACUUCUCCACGCUACUGAACACCACAUGGAUGUCAUAA